AUGACUCGGUAUCAUAAAAAAGCCCGUGAGUUGCGUGGAGUGGAGCGACCCAGUCAUGAUGACCCGGCUUCUUUUUCACCCCGAGGAAUAAUAUUAGAUGAGGAGCAGUCACGACUUGUGGAUGCUAAUUCAAUACCGAUGCCUAGGAUUGGCCCUACAACUGAUGACUUCCAAAGCGGAUUAUGUGAAUGGGAAAAGAGGCUCAGGUGUAUUACAAGGCAGACAAUAUCUACUCCUUCUGGGCUUGACCUAUUCGGUACAAUUCCAUUUCCGUUUCACUUGGACCACCGGGAUCGGAAUCUGUUAUUUCAUUAUAGUACGGUCUUUAACUACACGAACAUGCCUGUUAAUUCCAAGGAGGAAUGGAUAAAAUUUGCUGUGACCGACGCUGCUCUUCUUCAUACUACAUUGGUCAUCUCAGCCUUACACGUUGCACUCAUUUGUGGACAAGAAUUCAGCGUUGACGCAUUCCGACAUCAAAGGGCGGCAGUGAAUAUCCUUAAUGAUAGGCUCAAUGAUCCUAUUCUCAGCAGCACAGAUUCCACCAUCCUCUCUAUUUCCUGUCUUGCAUUAAUCGACAUUUUGAACGCAUCGCCGCUUGGAGCAGCCCCCCAUACGACGGCUCUUGAACAGCUUGUCAACCAUAGGGGUGGGCUUACCACCUUAGGAUUCAAUGGUAUUGUGCGAAGAAAGGCCCUUUGGGCAGAUCUUAGCAGCGCCAUAGCGCAGCGAAUCGCACCUCGCUUUCCAUUUUCCUCGGAAAAAUUGCCGAUGGGACGUCCAUCUGAUGCUAUUCCAAUUACAGUCAAUACAUCUGCAGUAAACAUCUGCACCGAAGUUUCCGAUUGGGUAGCAGGCAGUCCGUACCCUCCUGGUAUUGAGGCUAUCAUCCACGACCUUCAACGCCUGUCUCUAGUGCUCAGUUCUGCAAAUCGUGCUGACAUGGCCGAAAUCGAUCAAUUAAUGCUGAGCGACUCCUUCUACGAUCUUGAACGACGUGCGUACGACCUUCUUCUUCAAGCUGAAAACCGAAAUUCCGUCUCCCAGAUUGUACCAAAACACUCGGCUAGCAUUACCCCCAAUUCCUUUUUAUAUCCAGCAUGCUGUCUGACAGCUAUUAUAUACGUCUCUCUCGCUCUUCGCGAGAUCCCACCGCGUGCUGGGAUAUUCAAUCCGCUCCUAGGACGCCUUACGACACUUCUCCGUGAUAUCGAUAUUUUCGCAGCCUGCACUACUCACCCCAAAACGUUGUUAUGGAUCCUAGGCACCGGAGGUGCAGCGGCUCUGGGAAGAGAAGAGAGGAGUUUGUACGUGAAAUGGCUUGAUCAUUUCUGUCGUACACAACACAUAUAUGAAUGGGAUGAAAUGAGAGUCGCAUUCAGCAGUUCCAUUCAUUUGGCUCCUCUGUAUAUGACGGAGUUUAUGGACGUUUGGAAUGAUGUUGAAGAGUUCAGGAUCAUGAGAGAUUUAAUUGAAAUGUGA